GAAAAGCUCAAGGAAAUGCAGGCAUUCUUUGGACUACAAGUGACCGGAAAACCUGAUCUUGACACUUUGGAGAUGAUGAAAAAACCCAGAUGCGGUAUACCUGAUAUAGGACAAUAUGUGUUCACAGCAGGGAAUCCCAAAUGGAAAAGAAAUAAUCUGACAUACAGGAUUUUGAAUUACACCCCAAAGAUGAGACAAGCUGAUGUAGAUGAAGCAAUCCGAAAAGCUCUUAGUGUCUGGAGCAAUGUGACACCAUUGACAUUCCAAAAGAUUGAGGACAAAGAAGCAGAUAUAAUGAUCUCUUUUGCUUAUAGAGAUCACCGUGACAACUCUCCUUUUGAUGGCCCCAAUGGGCAGCUGGCUCAUGCUUUCCAGCCUGGUGAAGGUAUUGGUGGAGAUGUGCAUCUUGAUGAGGAAGAAACCUGGACAAAAGAUGGAAGAGGCUACAAUUUGUUCAUUGUUAUUGCCCAUGAGCUUGGCCAUUCGCUGGGUCUAUCCCAUUCAAACGAUCCUGGAGCACUGAUGUAUCCGACUUACUCCUACACAGACCCCAAUGAAUUCCUUCUUCCUCAGGAUGACAUUGAUGGCAUUCAAGCCAUCUAUGGACAGUCUAAUGCUGCUGUGCAGCCAACAGGACCCGUAACGCCACGAGCUUGUGACCCAAAUUUGACAUUUGAUGCGAUUACUACCCUACGCAGAGAAAUAAUAUUCUUCAAGGGCAGAUAUAUGCUGCGCAAACAUCCUGAGAGGACAAAGACAGAGCUCAAUUUUAUCUCACUGUUCUGGCCAAAGUUACCAUCAGGAAUUCAAGCUGCAUAUGAAAACGUUGAGAGGGAUGAAGUUUUACUUUUUAAAGAGGAUAAAUAUUGGGUUCUCAGGGGAUAUGACAUUGCACCUGGCUAUCCUAAACCAAUCUAUCGUUUGGGGUUCCCAAAGACUGUUAAAAGAGUUAAUGCAGCUUACAGUGAUGAAACCACAGGAAAAACAUACUUCUUUAUAGCUGACAGAUACUGGAGAUAUGAUGAAAACAAAAAGUCCAUGGAUCAUGGUUAUCCAAGGAAAAUCGUCUCCGACUUUGGAAAAAUUGGCAGAGUUGAUGCUGCUUUCCAGAAAGAUGGCUAUAUCUACUUCUUCCAUGGAACAACUCAGUUCCAGUUUGAUCCUCGUGCCAAACGGAUUGUCAGACAAAUGAAGAGCAUCAGCUGGUUUAAUUGUUAAUUGCAAUGUUUUUCCAUAUGCACACUGUAUGUUUUUAUGAUGUGCUGAAUUUUUCAGCAUUUCAUGACUAUCAGGUCAGAAUGGAUUUCUGCCCAAAUU